CUGACAUCGUAAGUCAGAAUCGAAAACAGGCUCAGCUUUUUCGUUUCUUUCUUCCUUCCUCUCUUAGGCCCUCAGUCUUGCGGAGCAGAGCAAUACCCUUCUGUAAAAAGAGGCAUUAAGUUUUGUCUUAUUUAGUUGGAUCAAAAUGGAUCAGCAUGGGCAUAGCCAGGCCGCAUCUAUGGGAGUGGUUGGUAGUGGAGCUCAGUUGCCAUAUGCCACUAAUCUAUAUCAGACUAACCAAAUGACUGGGACGCCGACUCAUGGAUCAGCUGUUACAUCAGUUGGGGCUAUGCAAUCUACAAGUCAGCCUACUGGAGCUCAGCUUGGACAACACCAACUUGCUUAUCAGCACAUCCACCAGCAACAACAACAGCAACUUCAGCAACAACUCCAAUCUUUUUGGGCAAAUCAGUACCAAGAAAUUGAGAAGGUAACUGAUUUCAAGAACCAUAGCCUUCCCUUAGCAAGGAUCAAGAAGAUUAUGAAGGCUGACGAGGAUGUAAGAAUGAUAUCAGCUGAGGCACCGGUAAUAUUUGCCCGGGCAUGCGAAAUGUUCAUCUUGGAGUUGACUUUGCGAUCUUGGAAUCACACUGAAGAGAAUAAAAGGAGGACACUUCAAAAGAAUGACAUUGCAGCAGCGAUCACAAGGACUGAUAUCUUUGAUUUCUUAGUUGACAUUGUGCCAAGGGAGGAUCUGAAAGAUGAAGUACUUGCUUCGAUCCCAAGAGGAACAAUACCUGUCGGGGGGCAUGCUGAUGCUCUCCCUUACUGCUAUAUGCCACCUCAGCAUGCACCACAGGUUGGGACUCCUGGGAUGAUCAUGGGUAAGCCGGUGAUGGACCCAGCUAUUUAUGCUCAACAGUCACAUCCCUACAUGGCCCAACAGAUGUGGACACAGGCACCAGAGCAACAGCAAUCACCCUCAGAUAAUUAGUAGCUGUAGCAUGAAAGUUGAAGCAGUAGUAUUUCAUCAAGACGUGUUGAGAAUGUCAACACAAUGGAUUGAACGUUCUAGUAAUGAAAAAGUCCAAUCAAGAUUUGAGCUUAAGAUAAGCAGUAUUUCUGUAGAUAAUACGCUUGAAAAGAUUAGCCAAUCUUGAUUGAGCUGGCGUUUCUUUCUUGUUCGUUUACUUUUUUAUUUUUAUUUUUUAUGUUUACUCUGGUUUCUUUAUCAUAUCUAGCUAAAAACUGUUACUCAAGAUGUAUAAAUAGAAAUUUUACUUGAAAGCAAUGCUUCCACCUUUGAUGAGGACAAAUAAAACAGUAUUUUUCUUGGGUA